GGCCGUGUGAUUCCAGAGCUGCGGGGGUGUAGGAGACCGCCUCCUGCGGUCCGGGUUGGGGGCAGCACGGGGAGGGGGACGCGGAGUUACCGGGGAAUCCUCGUUUCCCCGGGCGAGGUGUGUGGGCGGGCUGCCUGUGCCCAGUACCCGGUAUGGGGGGCGGUGCUGGGCAGGGGGCGGUGAUGCUGGAACAUGGCGGCCAGGCGCGCCGCUCUGCCCGGCUCCUCCGCUCUGCCCCCGGCCGGUAGGAGAGGAGCGGACGGCCUGACUGACACCGACUGGUUUGUGUUUUCCCGGCAGGACUGCGAUAAGAUGUCCGGGAGCGGAGUCCUGAGGGAACAGCAGGCGGCUGCAGGGAGCGCGGCAGGAGACGAGUCCUCUGACAGCGAGGGGGAGCACGAGGGGCCCCAGAAACUCAUCCGCAAAGUGUCCACCUCCGGCCAGAUCCGCAGCAAGACAAGUAUCAAAGAAGGAUUAUUACUGAAGCAAACCAGUUCAUUUCAGAGAUGGAAAAAACGCUAUUUUAAGCUGAGGGGCAGAACCCUUUACUAUGCCAAGGAUUCAAAGUCUCUAAUAUUUGACGAGGUUGACCUGUCAGAUGCCAGCGUAGCUGAAUCAAGCACAAAAAAUGUCAACAACAGCUUCACGAUAAUCACUCCUUUUCGAAGACUCAUACUGUGUGCUGAGAACAGGAAGGAGAUGGAGGAUUGGAUCAGCUCGCUGAAGUCCGUGCAAUCCAGGGAGCAUUAUGAGACGGCACAGUUUAAUGUGGAACAUUUCUCAGGGAUGCAUAACUGGUACGCCUGCUCCCACGCGCGACCUACCUUCUGUAACGUGUGCAGAGAGAGCCUGUCUGGGGUCACCUCCCACGGCCUGUCCUGUGAAGUCUGUAAGUUUAAAGCACAUAAAAGGUGUGCUGUUAGAGCAACAAACAACUGCAAGUGGACGACACUCGCCUCCAUCGGUAAAGACAUCAUUGAGGAUGAGGAUGGUAUAGCAAUGCCCCACCAGUGGUUAGAGGGGAACCUGCCAGUAAGUGCCAAGUGUGCGGUUUGUGACAAAACAUGUGGCAGUGUGUUACGCCUGCAGGACUGGCGGUGCCUUUGGUGUAAAGCUAUGGUACACACUGCAUGCAAGGAACUCUACCCUCGAAAGUGUCCCCUUGGUCAGUGCAAAGUUUCUAUCAUACCUCCAACCGCGCUCAACAGCAUAGACUCUGACGGGUUCUGGAAGGCAACCUGCCCUCCCUCCUGUGCCAGUCCGCUCCUAGUCUUUGUCAAUUCAAAAAGUGGAGACAAUCAGGGUGUAAAGUUCCUCCGGCGCUUCAAACAGUUGCUCAAUCCUGCUCAGGUGUUUGACUUGAUGAAUGGAGGUCCUCAUUUAGGUUUACGAUUAUUCCAGAAGUUUGACAAUUUCCGAAUUCUUGUGUGUGGAGGAGAUGGAAGUGUCGGUUGGGUGUUAUCGGAAAUAGAUAAGCUCAGCUUGCAUAAGCAGUGUCAACUUGGAGUGCUUCCCCUAGGUACUGGAAAUGACUUGGCCCGUGUUCUUGGGUGGGGAGGUUCUUGUGAUGAUGAUACACAGCUGCCACAGAUUCUGGAAAAGUUAGAACGGGCCAGCACCAAAAUGCUUGACAGGUGGAGCAUUAUGUCAUACGAGCUUAAGUUGCCUUCAAAGCCUUCUAUUCCAAUAACUUCAGAAGAGGAAUCUGAGGAGUGUCAAUUUCAGAUAUCUGCUUAUGAAGAUUCAGUGGCCACUCAUCUGGCAAAAAUUCUAAAUUCAGAUAAGCAUUCUGUGGUCAUAUCUUCAGCUAAGGUUUUGUGUGAGACUGUAAAGGAUUUUGUUGCAAAGGUUGGGAAGACAUACGAGAAACCAAUGGAAAACACAGAAGAGGCAGAAGCUAUGGCUUUAAAAUGCUCGACGUUAAAUGAAAAAUUGGACCUGCUCCUUCAGACACUCCACGCAGAAGCGCAGGCCACCCCGUUAUUGUCACAUUCUACGCCCCCCAUUGUAGAGGAAGAAGUUGAGGAUGAAUUUUCCAGUGAAGAUUCUUUGUGUGAGAGUAAGGAGCAGUUAGCAGAAAACAUAGCCAAGUCUUCCACCCCCAAACUCUUUAAACCCCGAGAACAACUCAUGCUGCGAGCCAACAGCUUAAAAAAAGCAGUGCGGCAGAUUAUAGAGCAAGCCGAGAAAGUUGUAGAUGAACAGAAUGCCCAUACUGAAGAACAAGCAAAUCAGUCUCCUGAGGAUUAUAGGAAGGAGUUAGAAGAGUCUAAAGAGGAGGAAAAGGAUGAGGAUACCAAGGAGUCGUCAGAACUUCUAACUGUAAAAUCGGCUCCGCGGUCACCAGACAGACGCACAAGCCGCAGUGCUUCUUCCCAUACUAGUCCUACUGCAGUGACCAGCAAGGAAAACCUCCCUGUGCUGAACACUAGGAUCAUAUGCCCAGGGCUGAGGGCAGGGCUGGCAGCCUCCAUUGCCGGGAGCUCCAUCAUCAACAAAAUGUUGCUGGCCAACAUUGACAGCUUUGGUGCUACUCCUUUUAUUGAUCCAGACCCAGAUUCACUAGAAGGCUAUUCAGAAAAGUGUGUGAUGAACAAUUACUUUGGGAUUGGCUUAGAUGCAAAGAUUUCCUUAGAAUUUAACAACAAACGAGAAGAACACCCUGAAAAAUGCAGAAGCCGAACGAAGAACAUGAUGUGGUAUGGAGUGCUUGGUACCAAAGAACUGCUGCAAAGAACUUACAAGAACCUGGAGCAAAAGGUUCAGCUUGAGUGUGAUGGGCAGUAUAUCCCCCUUCCUAGCCUCCAGGGAAUUGCAGUUCUAAAUAUUCCCAGCUAUGCUGGUGGCAUCAAUUUUUGGGGAGGAACAAAAGAGGAUGAUAUAUUUGGUGCUCCAUCGUUUGAUGAUAAAAUUCUGGAGGUGGUUGCAGUUUUCGGCAGCAUGCAGAUGGCGGUUUCUAGAGUCCUCAAGCUCCAGCAUCACCGAAUAGCACAGUGUCGGUCGGUGAAGAUCACUAUACUUGGAGAGGAAGGCGUCCCGGUACAAGUAGAUGGAGAAGCUUGGAUUCAGCCUCCAGGGGUUAUAAAAAUCAUACACAAAAAUAGAGCUCAGAUGUUAACCAGGGACCGGGCAUUUGAAAACACGCUCAAGUCAUGGGAGGACAAACAGAAGUACGAUACCUGUAAACUUGCCCUUCGCUCUCCCCCGUAUUUACCCCAAGCUGUAGACUCGGCUUCGGAAGAAGAGGUCAGCCUCGUCCAUCUCUGCUCACAGGCAGCAGAGGAGCUCAUCACACGGAUAUGUGAAGCUGCAAAAAUACAUAGUUUGUUGGAACAAGAGCUAGCCCAUGCAGUGAAUGCCUGCUCACACGCACUAAAUAAAGCUAAUCCACGGUUUCCAGAGAAUCUCACUAGAAACACUGCCGUUGAAGUGGCAGUCAAUGUGAAGGCACUGCACAAUGAAACAGAGUCCCUCCUGGUGGGAAGAGUCCCUCUGCAGCUGGAAUCCCACCAUGAAGAGCUUUUGUCAAAUGCACUACAUAAUGUGGAGAUUGAGUUAACAAAAUUGGCAGAGAUUCCCUGGUUAUACUAUGUGCUACAGCCUGAUGAGGAGGAGGAUCCUCCCCUGGAAUAUGCCAAAAGAAACAGUAGAAGUACAGUAUUUCGUAUAGUGCCAAAGUUUAAAAAAGAGAAGGCCCAAAAGCAUAAGACCAGCCCUCAGCCUGUUCAAAAAUGGGGCACAGAUGAAGUUGCAGCUUGGCUGGAUCUGCUCAGUUUGGGAGAGUACAAAGAACCCUUCGUCCGUCAUGACAUCCGAGGCUCAGAGCUAUUACUCCUGGAAAGGCGGGAUCUUAAGGAUCUGGGGAUAAUGAAAGUGGGUCAUAUGAAGCGAAUUCUGCAGGGAAUUAAGGAACUCGGCAAGAAUGGUUCCUUAUCUGAGGUGUGAAGGCCCUGGUGAAACCUUUGCAAAGUGCCAGCUUUGUCAGAUGUUUAAAGUUACUUGGGGGCACUGUGCUGUCCUAGUUUACUGUAUGAAAAAGAAAGUGCUGGUAUACAGCUGGAAGAUGCAAGCUGGGUUUAAGAAUUUUCAGUUUUGUGCCAAAAAGGUAGUUAUGCACAAAAGGCCAUUUAGAGAAGUUUGGAUCUGCACACUCUGAAACUUUUUGGCGUGUACAUGUAAUGUUCCAAAAAGAUACCGCAGAGGUUACGAUGGCCUGGUAAUGAGAGGUCUCUCUCUGCAGUCUAACGUAAAAAAACUGUUGGAAACAAGUGAUUUUGCUAUGUCGAGCAAGGCCCGUUCUUCCUCAGACACGUGAGGCCCAAAUACAGGUGAAAUCAUGGCUCGUUUCAGGUUGGCCUUGGUUUACUUUGCCUCAGGGUCUGCUUGUUCACUGAACCAAGGAGCGUGAUUGGAUAAAA